AUGAUUAAUAAACAUUUGCAGGAUAUAAUAGCUCGAUUUGGCAAACAAGAAGCGAUGCCUAGAGAAUUCUUCACAGAUUUUGUGAAGGUCGCACAAGAUGAAGGGCGACACUUCACCCUUCUUGCUGCAAGACUUGAGGAGCUAGGGUCUUAUUAUGGAGCAUUGCCAGCUCAUGAUGGCCUUUGGGAUUCUGCUACUGCUACUUCCAAGGAUUUACUAUCACGAUUAGCAGUUGAACAUUGUGUCCAUGAGGCCAGAGGACUUGAUGUGCUGCCUACAACAAUCUCUCGUUUCCGCAAUGGUGGGGAUGACACUACAGCAGAGCUACUAGAAAGAGUAGUUUACCCAGAAGAGAUUACACAUUGUGCUGCUGGAGUGAAGUGGUUCAAGUAUCUAUGCCAGAGGUCCAGAAAGCUGGCCCCAGACACAGAAGAGCAAGAAGUUUGUUCAUUACAAAAUGAAAUGACCACAGAGCAGAAUGAAGUGAUUCAAAAGUUUCAUGAAAUAGUGAGGACAUAUUUCAGAGGACCUUUAAAACCACCUUUUAAUGAGACAGCAAGAAAAGCUGCUGGAUUUGGUCCAGAAUGGUAUGAACCGCUUGCUGUUAAAGAGGCCAACCAAUCAUUGUAACCAACAUAUUUCCUGAUUUAAUUAGGUUUCUUACUGUUUAUAUUUGGCAGGUAACUGUGAAUCUUAUAACACAUAAGGUCAUUUAUGUGCUUUUCUUUUUCUGUUUCUUUUAUUCAUAUAUUGUAUUUUGAAUUUGCCCUGAUUCUGCCUUCUCUUUAACUUAA